AUGCCGAUCGGGCUCAGCACGCCAACGCAGAGUGCCCACCACUCGCUGUACUGGUCGAGCCGCAAGCCGGCCGCCGCGGCCACAACGACGAACGGACCAUGGGGCUUCUCGACCAAGAUUGCCGACCUCUCGGCGUCGCAGCUCGGGCGUCGCGGCCGGAAGCUCGGGCGCUUCAUGCACGACGCGAUCCGGCGCGAGAACGACGCGGUCCAGCUCAAGCGCGUGCAGUACGGCAGCCGCACCAAGGUCAGCAUCACAGCCGACAGCAAGGCCCACGUGCAGUACGUCCAUUGCGCGCAGGUGCUGCCAGCGUCCUUGGACGAGGUGCUGCGUCUCUUCUGGACGCCGCAGUGGACGUCGACGGACGCGCUGUGGCGCGCUGUCUUUGCCGAUGACACGUCGUACGUUCGGUCACGCGCCCAGAGCGGCGCGACUUGCUCCGAGCCGGACGCGGAAGCUUCGUCGUCGUCGUCGUCGUCGUCCACGACGAUCUCGACGCCGACCGCGCGCUUGGCACACUCGACCGAGACGCUCUCGGCCGGACUGCACCGUCUUCGGUACGAAGAGAGCGGGCGAACGCAGCUCUUUGGGACCAAGUCCAAGCCCAAGAUGAAGGAGCUUUUGUUUCUCGAGCACUUUGCGCGCCUCGACGACGGCAGCUACCUCUGGCUCGUCAAGUCCAUCGACGAUCCCGAUGCGCUCGUGCUAACACCGCCGAUCCGCCGACUGCAAAGCCUCAUGAUGGCCUGCCACAUGGAAGCGGUUGGCGAUCGGACGCGUCUGAGCUUUCUCGGCGGCUACUGCUUUGUCGACGGCCUCCAGGACGCCGCCAAGCGCUUCCUCGUCCGCGCCGCCGACGCCUGGGACCACAUUCCUCGCCUCGUUGUCGCGAGUCGCCUCGCCGACUACCUCGUCGAGCCGGCGCUGCAUGCAGCCGGCGAUUGCUCUCUCCAAGACGGCUGUCGCGUGUGCUUGACCGCGUUCAGCGUGUUUUUGCCCGCAGUCGCUUGUCGUCUCUGCGACCACGACGUCUGCGCCUCGUGCUCGGUCUUGGAGACGACGCGCGAGACUGCGAUCGCGCUGCGUAUUUGCACGUCGUGUGUCGAUGCCAUCAAAGAGUGGUCGCCCAUCCGCCACCGGCGACGGCCCGCCAUUCUCUCGUCGCCUGCUGCCCGGCGGCGCGCUUGCUCCAGCACCCAGCUCCGCGCACUCUCGUCCGAUUUGGAGCUCGCGAUCCUCCUCCAGAUAAUGGCCGCAAUCACAGCCAAGGCCGUAGCUUGCAGUAGCGCCAGCGUACACCUGGCGACACGAGACGGCGUCCGGCUGGUGGCGAGCAUCGGGCCAGUGUCCGACGACGCGCUCGUGGCCCGCGCGAUCGACGCCGGCGGUAGCGUCGUUGUCGACGUCUUGGAUGACACGACGCUGUCAUUGCCGCUCCCCGCCGACGUACGCUCUUACCGCGGCCAAGCCAUCUACCUCUCGGACGGUGUCUGCAUUGGCGCCGUAUCGGUGGCCGACGCCGCGCCGCGCCACCUCGACACGCCGGGCGACGAGCACUUUAAAGCGUUCGCCGAGACCGCGGCCCGGCUCAUUCGCGCGUGGCCAUCCAUGAUCGUGACAAAGCAGCGUAGUAGCUGCAGGUAG